AUCGAUAGCACACAAUGCGUGUAUCGAUGUGCUUACUUUUGUAUCGGCCAUCCCUAGAACUUUUCAGAUGCUUGUCAAAAAAAAGCAACUGAAUAAAAAAUUGAAUUAAACUAUCAGCGAGAAGAAAAGGCAUACAAUGGAUGAUAGGCGGCGUGAGGACUUUGCGAAAGCCUUAUUCGUGCUCGAUAACCAGAACCCAAGGGAGAAGCGGCCGCCACGGUGUGAGCCCAGAGUGCAGCCGGUAAAUGGCAUUGUGCAGCCCCCGGUGAUGCCGCCACCCAAUCGUAAGGGAAGGGUCACCAAUUUCCUGUUAAAACUGAGAACCGCUGUGAAUGCGUUGUCGCGCAACCCUUCCUCGCUGCACUUUCGCCGACCUGUCGAUGCCGUGAAGCUGAACAUCAGGGACUACUACGAAAAAAUCGCAAACCCCAUGGACUUGAACACAAUCAAGAAAAGAUUUGAGUACACAUACUACUGGGGCGGUGCAGACGUCCUGGAGGACAUUCUAUUGAUUUUCGAAAACUGCAGAACCUACAACAGUCCGGAUUCGACCGUGUUUAAAGCUGCUGUCACCCUGUGCGAAUGCUUUUGGCUGCGCAUGGCGAAAAUGCAGCAGGAAUUGCACAAAGAGUGUAGGGCUGAGGCCAAGACCAGGCGUCCGCGGAAGGCAUCCAUUUCAAAAACUUCUCCAUUGCCGAAGACCCCGCGCCAGGAAAAGGCUGUCAUUCCGAAAAAGACUAAUGUGGAAAUCAAGGAUUUAAAUCAGCCAAAGGCAGACGAUCCACUGCCUUCAUUUGAGGCCGUUCCCAAUCAACAUCCGAAUCGGCACCAUUGCAAACAGUUCACGCCUGUGACACCGGCCCGUCGUGGUCGUGGCCGACCUCCGGGGCCACGAAGUCUGACCCGAGCUGACGCCGAUAGAAAUGCUGUUAUCUCGCAAGAAUUUCCAGUCGAACCAGUCCUUGAUCAACUCAGCAUAAAGGCUAUCCUGAUGCCUUUAAAUCUGAAGAUCGAGCGCACAUACAGCCAGACCCUGAUCAAGGCUCUACGUUGUUGUGCGGACUCUUGGCCAUUCAACAACUCGUCGAUCUGGAUGCAUUUUGGAGAAAAUCGGCAUUAUGACUUCCAUCAUAAGCCUCUGGAUUGGGACAUACUGGAGAAGAUGCUGGCGGGCGAGCAGUUUAAGGGCUGGAACUGGUUGCUGAUUAAGUUAAACCGAAUGAUGGAGAACGCAAUGUCCUGCUUCACCGUAAACCCAUCGAACGCAUGGCGCACGUAA